CACAAUUUGCCCCAUCGUUACAGUGUAUCAUGUUGGCUUAGGGGAUACACCGUCAAUAAUUGGUGUUAAAUAUUCCGGUUAAAUUAAAUUCAGAUUUUUAUUUUCCUGCUUUAAUCAUUUUGAGACAGUCGCAGCUUUGAGGGUGCUCAGUGUUUUUAAAGCCCGGAAUAGUCGCUGUCAGGACUAUUGUGUUUUGUUAAUGUCAUCCGCGGCAGAGCUGUAGCGACCUUCAAUUUCUAGGCAAGACCGGGAUAAACAAAGACUCGUUUUUUGGGGGGGGGUUAUAUUUCUUCCUUUUUUUGUGUUUUCUUUACCAGUGACACUAGAAACGAGGAUGGGACUUUUGCUGCCCAGUAUCCUGCUGUUAUCUGUCUUCACUCUCACAGCCGGUUUAGAUUUUCAGCAGGGAUCCAAACCCGGACAGUCGGUUUUUGUCAAGCAUUCAUACAUUGAGGAGAAAGCUGCGAAAAUCGUCAAGAGGUCCCUGCCUUCAUGGCUGGCUGCAUCAUCAGCACAGCACAGGAUAAAACGAAGAAGCACCGAGCAGGGCGACUCCUGCAAAACCCUGCAAGGAUAUGACACCAAGUUAGCCGACAACACCCACAGUUAUCUCUUUAAUGACCUAAGUGGGUCAGUGUCGCUGGCCUGGGUUGGAGAUGGCACAGGGGUCAUCCUGGCUUUGACAACUUUUCAGGUGCCCUUCUUCAUGUUAAGACUUGGGCAGUCCAAACUCUACCGAAGUGAGAACUACGGGAAGACAUUCCAAGAUGUGACCAGCCUUAUCAACAACACCUUCAUCAGAUCAGAGUUUGGCAUCGCCAUCGGCCCCGAGAACUCUGGGAAAGUGAUCCUGACAGGAGAAGUGUCUGGAGGUCAUGGAUUCCGGAUCUUUGUUUCCGAUGACUUUGGAAAGAGUUUCUCCCACCAUGACCUUCCCUUUGUCCCCCUCAUGCAAAUCACAUACAAUCCUGGCGAUUCCAAUGUGCUGCUGGUCCUCAGCAACAGUUAUGAACUGUGGCUGUCUGAAGAUUUUGGCAGCAACUGGAAAAAGGUCCAUGACAUGGUGUGCCUGGUGAAAUGGGGAAGGAAAAAUACCAUCUUCUUUACGGCCAGCCUCAAUGGAUCCUGCAGUGAUCGGGGAAUGCUGGAACUGCGCAGGACGACAGACUAUGGCAAAACCACCAAGACUGUUGCCAAUAAGAUCUACUCCUUUGGCCUGGGUGGACGCUUCCUCUUUGCCUCUGUAAUGACAGGCAAGGGCACUCUGAGGAUGAUCCACGUCUCUGUGGACCAGGGUGAGUCGUGGAACAUGGCCCAGCUGCCACCUGUUGGUCACGAGCAGUUCUACUCCAUCCUGGCAGCGAACGACGAGAUGGUCUUCAUGCAUGUCGACGAGCCCGGAGACACAGGAUUUGGCACCAUUUUUGUAUCAGAUGACCGGGGCACUGUGUAUUCCAAGUCAUUGGAGCGUCAUCUUUACACCACCACGGGGGGUGACACAGAUUUCACUAACGUCACCUCCCUGCGAGGAGUUUUCAUUUCCAGUGUCCUGGCUGAAGAUAACUCUGUGCAGUCUGUGGUGUCCUUCGAUCAGGGAGGAGAAUGGGUUCCCCUGCGGAAACCUACCAACACCAAGUGCGAUGCUACAGCCAAAGACCCAGACAAGUGCAGUCUCCACAUCCACGCAGCCUACAGCACUGCUAUGAGACUGAACGUCCCUAUGCUUCCUCUGUCUGAACCAAAUGCUGUGGGUCUCAUCUUAGCUCAUGGGAGUGUUGGGGAUGCCAUCUCAGUGAUGAAGCCUGAUGUGUAUGUGUCUGAUGAUGGGGGUUACACCUGGAUAAAGGCCCUCGAUGGGCCCCAUCACUAUGCUAUUCUCGACUCAGGAGGGCUGUUGGUUGCUGUGGAGCACAACCCAACCCAGCCUAUCAACAAGAUUAAAUUUUCUACUGAUGAAGGACAGUGCUGGGGUGUGUACACCUUUGCCAAAGAGCCCAUCUAUUUUACUGGUCUGGCAUCAGAGCCAGGAGCCCGCUCCAUGAAUGUCAGUAUCUGGGGCUACAGAGACAACCUCCUCAGCCAGUACUGGAUCUCCAUCACCAUUGACUUCAGGGAUCUUCUUACCAGAGACUGUGAUGACAAGGACUAUGUGCAGUGGUUGGCUCACUCUGAUGACAUCAGUGACCCCAAAGAUGGGUGCAUGCUGGGAUACAAAGAGAGGUUCCUGCGUCUCAGGAAAGACUCUGUUUGCUGGAACGGACGGGAUUACAAAGUCAACACCGUGCCAACCCCGUGUCUGUGCACCUUGGAUGACUUCCUGUGUGACUUUGGAUACUACCGUCGGGAGAACAGCUCUGAGUGUGUGGAACAGCCGGACCUGAAAGGCAAAGUGUUGGAGUUCUGUCUGCACGGCAAAGAGGAGCAACUGCAGACGAGUGGCUAUAGAAAAAUCCCUGGAGAUAAAUGUGAGGGAGGAAAUAUUCCUGAGCGCAAAGAGAUUGACCUCAGUAAGAGGUGUGUGAGCGACCUGGUGGGCCCAGAACUUCUGAUUGACAGUCGCUCCUCCAGGUCUGUACCUAUCGUCAUAACAGUCAUCAUCAUCACCCUGCUGCUGAGCAUCGCUGCAGGAGUUCUCUUCGUCAAGAAAUACGUCUGUGGUGGCAGGUUCUUGGUUCACAGGUACUCUGUGCUGCAGCAGCAUGUCGAGGACAACACUGUUGAGGGGAUAGAUGACCCACUGGAGACCAACCACACUCAAAAUGGCAAGAUCGAGUUUCAUGACGACUCAGAUGAGGACCUGCUUGAAUAACAGGCACAACAGGUUUCUUGUUCACCCUUUGGCUGGGCGAUGUUCCCGUCACUAUUUUGUCUCCAGCUACUUCUUCCUUUCACCUUCUAGUAUGAACUUUGACCUCAGCUAUCAGACAAAGAGUCUGUGUCAAUCUGCUGUCAGCUACGAAGUAUAAUGAAUGUGCGGAGGCAUCCUGGGACUAAUGUCACAGUUGAGGAGAACUAUGAAGGAGGUCUUGUGUAGUGUUGUGCUUCAGUUAUUGAUUCUGUUAAUGGAGUUUGAAUCUCUGAGUUAUUUAUUUUUAGGGAAGGAACAACUGAUGCAGUAACUUGAAUAGCUGACAAAGCCAGAGUAAUGGGUUCCAAAGCAAAGCUAGUUGUAUAAAUCCACCACCAUUGCAUUACGGGUCCUGCCUCUUCCAUCACCUGGAACCUGAGUACUUCUGGAAAUACUUCUGGAAAUACUUUUCACUUCAUUUGAAGAUCUUUGUCCUUUUUUCUCAUGCACUUGUAUAUAAACAUGUCUUUCUUUGACAUUUUUUCAAUGUGAAUUUAAAAACUCUCCCAAACAACUUUAGUCUUAAUUCCUACUUUUAAUUAAGUAUUUGUUGGUCAAAAAGUGUGCCCACAGAUGGCCAAGAAUAUGUAAAUUUGAUUGUUUUUUGGGGGGUUUUAGCCUCCUCCACUCUGGGCACUGAUUUGUGAAAUUCCCUGUAUCUGGAAUAUUAACCUGCAUUCUUUUGGUGCUCCAUGGCACUGAGAUCUGUGGUUGAAGUAAUAAGACGCAAGUGGAAAUAACCAUUUGCAUUUGGUUCAUAGCAAUAACAUGUUUAGAUUCAGUAUCUUGCCCAUGCACGUUAAAUAAUCCCAUUGGCACGGUAUUUGUAAUGUAUCCGGUUACUCUGUUUAAUGAAUGGAGAUUUCAUUGAGUGAAACACAUUACACAUCCAUGUAUAGGAUGGUAAAGUGUGUCUGUUUCAAGACAGGAGUUGUUGAGAAAUUAAUGUCUACAGUGCAAACUGCCUAAAGCACAAGGUCCUUUGUACGCUUAGAAUUUGUAGUUUAACAUCUUUCCUAAAUGUGACCUAACGUGAUAAGACUGUAAUAAUCACUGUAGUCAUACGUGAUGUCUAAAAUCAUUUGAUCAGUUUUUGUACUAACAAACUUUUGAACUUGUGUAACAAGUGACAAAUUGCGGUUCAAAGACGUUCAGAAAUGACAGAAAUAAUUAUAGUUUGAUAGUAAAUAUCUACAAAUAUUUUUACAUCCGAUUUAGAUGAAUACACCAAUAUAAUUUGGUAACAGUACAGGAGCAAUGCGAGAAAACAAUUUAAUUAUGUAAAUGAUGUAUAGCAUAAUUAACACUGUAGCCUAUUAGAAGAGUUAACAUACAUGUUUGUAUCAGCUGCAGCAUUGUGUGAGACUUUUUUUUUCUUUAUUGGUACUUGCAUCUGAGUUGGAGCAGAUUGUUUAAAAUAACAGGGUUAUUGCAACUUCUCAUCUGUGUCUUUUAGAGUGAACUGCUGUUUUUUUUCCCUUUGUAAUCAUUGUGAUACUACUGUCAUUUUGAAGCUACACUGGAUUGGCCUAUGCCUCUCAACAUAUCUGUCUCAUCUAUCACGUCUUACAGGGUUUUUUUUCUCUCCUUGUUUAAAUUUUUUUUUUUUUUUGCACAAUUACUUGUCUGUUUCAUGUUAAAUGCUUUCAUACAGGUUUUAUUUAUUUGCGACUAGCAGGUUCAGAGUGCAGUAAAUCGGAUGUGGUUAUACAAGUGCCUGGUGUGAGGACAUGAUGUGAGGCCCUCCAAAUGUGUGGCCAGCGUCUGUUUACUGUUUAUUUAUAUCAUGUGCAACCUGUUUCAUCCAAUAUGUCCAUUAUACUCAUAAGUUGCACUUUUUGUCUAAGAUGAAUCCUGAUGAGCAGAGAAUGAACUUUCUGUUUCAUAUGAGCUACCAUUGAACCGCAUGUUAACUUUAAAUAAUAUUUAAAUCUACAGAGCUUUGUCAAAAAAAAAAAAAAAAAACUACAAUAACCUGGAUAUUCUAUCUUUCAUGUCUUGGCAUGAGACACUUUUGACAGAAAAGUCAACUCAAAUUAAAAAAAACGAACAGAUUGAAUACAGGGUGUUUAUGUAGCUGCUUUACACUGGGAAACACUUGGCUUGUUAUUAUAUGAUGAUUGCAUUAAGUGAAGGUAACACAUUUUUCUUACAGUAAAACUGCUGUAUAAAUAAAUAAGUCAUUGUGAUGGUUCUGUAAAUAUACAAGGUUACAUCUUUGUAUCUGCUAUGUUUCUCUCUUCUGUAUAUUUGAGACAAUUUUCUUUGGGUUUGCCAAUAAAUUCAUAUGUUCUA